AUGCGUAACUCUUACAAAACGGAAAUAUCAAAAAAUAAUUUUAAUUUAUUUGGAUCAUUUUACUCAGAUUAUACAAAAAAAGAUAACAACGAUGAAAUAAUAACAAGUGAGCAAACGGCAAAAGAGGAAAAUCAUACAGACGAGAAGAAUAAUCGAAAUCAGAUCAGCAGGGAUAGUAACACUAAUGCUACUACUAGUAGUCCUAGUACUACCACUACUACGAUUAAUAAUAAUAAUGUUAUUAGCACGAACAAUAACAACGUUGAAGGCGAACAUGAGUUAUUCAUGGAAAAAGAACAAGGUUGCAGUUCCAAUAAAAAUUUUUACAAAUCGGCAAAAUUAUUUUAUGAUAGUAAUGUAUCAUUUGAAACGAAUACAAAAAAUAACAAAGAUUUAUUAGACAAGAAUUAUUUCACCAUUGCACACUCAUCUAUCUUUCCAGUGGAGGAGGGUUAUUUAUAUAGCGUCAAAGAAAAAAAGAAUGAAAAAAUAUAUGAAACAGAUCGUUACAUAGACAAUAACGGUUACAAGAAUAAUCUAAAUAAAAAUCCAAAGUUUCUAGAUUCAUUUCAAAACAUAGAUGGUAGUGAUGAUUACGACACCCUCGACAUAUUUGGAAUUAACAAACCGAAACCCAAGAAGGGUUACACAUCCAUUAGUACUAAUCGAAAAUUUGAGAAAAAUAAUCAAGAUGAAGAAGAAGAAGAUAACGAUGUUAUAGUGGAAGAACGUGAUGAGGUGCAUCAACAUGAGGUAAAAGAAGAAGAACAAUUGAAAAGUAGCGAUAACAGUAAAACGAGAAAUAUACACCACGAGCUUGAGUGCGAGUCGAGCUGCUCAACUGGAGGUAACUUGGUGGGAGAAGAAAAAUUAAAAUCAGAGAGGGGGGGAAAUCAUAAUAAUUCCAAAAUAUAUAAAGAGGAUAAACAUAUAUAUGACGAAAAAACAUUUUAUUGUGAAAAAUAUUUAUUGAAAAAUUUUUUUUCGAAAAUUUCAAAAUGCAUAUCAAAUAAGAGCGAAGAGGAGGGAGGAAAAUAUGAAAAGAAAGAAAUUGGAAGUGAUGACAAACAAUCGUCUACAAAUUUUAACAAAAAAUGUGGUGGAAGUUUAAUAUCAUACCAUUCCCCUUACGAAUUAAAAGAAUAUCUAGACAAUAAAAAAAUGAAAAGUCCGACAGAAAUGUAUAAAAGUGCUAUGGAUAAAUUUGAUACUUUGGAAAAAUUCCCAUUCAUUGAGGAAAAAAAAAACAUGUAUGAGAUUACGAACGAAAUUAUUGAUAAAGGAAAUAAAAACAGUUCACAUAAAAAUGAUAAUAUCAACAGAGGGGUAGAUCAAUCAUAUAUGUCCUAUAUGAAUCAAUAUGCAAACACGAUAAAUGAAAAUAAGGAAAAUGCGUCAGAAGAAAACAGGAGUAGUAAUUAUAACUCUACCAGAUACUACCAUUAUAUAAGGAAUAUGCAUCAAUCGAAUGAAGAUUUGAUCAGUGAAUCAGAAGGAAAUGUUAUUUCUCAAAGAACUUGUCAUGCUUUAGCAAAUGGAGAUGAAGAGACACAUACGAACAUGAUGAAGGGUCAUGACAAAAGUAGUGAAAAAGAGAUCAAGGAAGAAAUGAAUAAUACAAUGAGUAAAAAGGAGGGAUAUCAGAUGAUUGAUCAUCAACAUAAUGAAUACUUGUUUUUAGAUGACCCUAAACAUUUCUCAAGUAUUAAUUAUUCGAAGAAUCAGGAGGAAUCUGAAAUUAUUCAAAAGGAAGAAAAUUUGCACAAAUAUUAUUCCAUGUUGCAGAAACUUCCAAAAAAGGGCCAUGUAACUUCAUCCGCAGUUAGUAAUGUGUAUCAGAGUGAUGAAAAUAACAACACGAGCAAUAUUAAAGGGAAUUGUACUGUGAACAACUCUAACAUGAAUGAUAACCACGAAAGGAACGAAAAUAGUGGAAACAGAGACAAUAAUAGUAAUGAUAUUUGUAUAAGUGAUGAUAAUAACGAUGGUAAGAAGGAUGACAAAGACGAUGACAAGAAUGAUGAUAAUAAUGAAGUGAUAUUCAAAAGUAGUUUAGCUGUAGAAAACAAUUGCACAGAUAAGGAAGGUCUAGUAAGUGCUGAUGAUGAUGGAUUAACGAAUGAUAAUUCUUACCCUCAUUAUGCAAAUCAAAAUUGUGCUUGGAAUAAAAUAAAUUACGAAAAGAAUAGUUACAGCAGAGUUAAUAGUCAACAAGGAAACAAUACCAACAAUCCCAUUUUGAAUAGUAACACGUUAAGCCAAGAAUCAAUCAGCGUAGAUAAAAAUAAAAGUGACAAUGGGGGCGAAGAUGUAUCGAUGUGUGUUAAGCAGUUUGGACAUGUAAAAACUGCUAAUUGUGAACACAGUGAUGUUAGCCCUUGCUUUAGCGAAUCAUUGAAAGGAACAUGUAAUCCCUACAUAAACCAACGUGCCUUAAAGAAAGAAAUACUCCAAAGUCAGUACGAAGAUGUAUGUAGAAUUAAUAGCAAAUAUGACAAGUUUACCUUUGAUUUUUUUAAAGGAGAAAAACAAGUUCUAAAUUCCAAUAAGGAAAAUAUAAUUAAAGAAAAUAAUUCCGAUGAGAAGUGUGGGCAUUAUGGUACUGGAUCACAUAAGGGAAACUUAAUGAAUGUAUGCACAGCAUGGAAUAAACGAGAAGAAGAAAGCGAUGUGGAUGCUGGUGAGGAGUUUGUGGCAAAUGAACAUGAAAAUGAACGUGAAGAGGACGAUGAAGAAGAUGAUGAAGAGGAUGAAGGCCAGAACGACGAUUUUUUAUUUCCCAUGACACCACAAGAUCGCCCAAAUAACGAAAAAUAUGAAGUUUCACACAGAAUGGAUUUUAACGUUAUCAAUAAAAUGAACACAUUUGAUUGCAAUCAGGAUUGUAGUUUUGGAAAUUGCACAUGUGGGAAUUUUAGCCGAGAAAUUUUCUGUCAAAACACGGACCAAUUGAAGUGCGAACAUAAUUGUUAUCACAAUCAGAGAAGUAACCAGGAACAAAUUUAUAUGAACAGGAAAGAGCGUAUUUUAAGUGGAAAUAUGUCUGAUGGAGAAAAUAACAUUGAAAAUAAUUUGAUAAAUAUACGAAACGACAAAAAAACAUCGUAUAGCAACCCAUUCAACUUAAGCAGAAAUAUUGCUUAUAACCUUUACCGGACAGGUAAUCGGAAUUAUUUUUUGAAAAAAUCUUGUGAUCAUAUUGAGAAGGAAAAUUAUCAUAGUAACAUAGUGAAAAAUUAUUUUGAUAUGAAAUUGAAGGAAAAUAAUAAUGGAGAAAUAAAAUCCACAAAUUCAUCUGAACAGAAUGUAAGUAGUUUUAAAGGGGCAUUUAUUUCCAUACCAAAUAUGAACAAUUUGAAUGGACAAAAUUGUUCUACGAAAAUUGAUGUUUAUGGUUAUAAUAACAAAAAAGAAGUGGAAGAUACAGUUGAUGAAAAAAAUUCAUAUGAUGAAAUUGAUUAUACGAAUGGUGGGUUAGGGGCAGGAGCAGUAGCAGUAUCUGUAGGAGCUGGAGGAAUGGGAGGAGGGGGAGGAAAUUUGAUGAGCCGAUUAGUUAUCGAUUCAACUUCUGUUGGAAUUCCUAGCUCAACUGUUAUGACACAAUCGUCAGCAAAAGGAACAGUUCCAACAGCAGGGAGCUGUAUGACAAGUGGUGCUUCCUCUGUGGGUGUAGGGGAUUAUUGGGUAAAUAGACAGAAAAUAAGUGUAAGUAAUAACAAAAUUGAAAUUAUAAGAAAAAAUGAUAUUAACUGUAAAAGAAGAAUUAUUGAUUCAUCACGAAAUAUGAUUUCAAAUAAAUAUAUGAAGUAUUAUAGUAAUAACAAUAUCUCCAUGCUAAAAAAUGGUUAUUACAUGGAUUCUCAUUCUAAAUUUAAUGGGUUAGAAGAAAAAGGAAGUAACAAUAGAAAUUUAAAAAUUUCUCCACCAAUUAAUAGUUUAAUGCCAAUUGAUAAAAAUAACUUUUCAAAUAUAUGCACAAAAGUAUCCUUAGAAAAGACACAUGGAAAUUUAUGUAAUAACGUCAUAGAUUUGGAAAAGGUGCAAGAAAAUAAAUGUAUAAUUCACAAACAAUUAAGUAUGACUAAUAAGAGUAAAAAUAAUUUUAAUGAUAUUAUCAAUCUUGAUGAUGUAUAUGAAAGAAAAUGUGAAUUUUAUAAACGAAAUGUUGUUGAUUGUGAUUGGAGGAAAGAAAAAAUGAUGAAUAAAAAAAGUACUCUAUUGAAUUUUUACAAUGAUAUGGAGGAUAGAGGAACAAAUUCGUUAUUUUCUUUAAAUCAGAACCGAGAUAAGUUGACCAAUUACAUCAUAGAUGUUGACAAAGUGUAUGAAGAUAAGUGCAUGAUGUCAUACGAUCCUACAAAAAGAAGUCAACUAAGUGGUGCAAAGAUGGAAGAAACGAAUGUCUUUAAAAGUGGAUCUAGAACAGGUUCAAGAACCGGACCAAUAACGGGUAUAAUAAAAAAGAGCGGUUCAAUGAAUAAUUCCAAACUGGAUAGCACAAGAGGAGAGAGAAAAUUAAAUCUCUUACUUGAUUGUGACAGGGAGAGAGGAAAACAACAUCACUUAAUAUAUAACAGUAGUAAUAACUACAAAAUGAUUCUAGAAAAAUACAAUAAAAGCAGUUUUAUGAAUAAUACACUUGAUUUUCCUUCGACGAAUAAAUAUCCAAGUGCUAGUGAAUAUAUUAUUAAUAAGACUAAGGGAAGCAUAGUUGGAAAUUGUGUGCCCAAGGAUCAAACCCGAAGUGGAAAUGGAAAUGGAACUGGAAGAAGGAUGAGGGGGAGAGGAAGAGGAAGAAGAUGCAUGUUUUAUAACAAGUACCCUGUUAGUAGAGAACAAAAUGCAAGUGCCAAUGAAAUGGGAGGGGAUGAAGAGGAAUAUGAUAGUGAUGAGAAUUACACGGAUGAUGAAAAUGCUAGAAGUGAAUAUUUAGAAAAUUACAAUAAAAGCAACAGGAGGAGAAGGUUAAGUAAAGCAUUCCGAGAUCAACACAUUUUAUUUAGUAGGAAUAACAACGCAAUUCCUUCUAGAAAACUUCCACAUGCAAGUUUUCUACAUAGAAGGAAAGUUGUAUCUGAACACACAGAUGAAGAGGAUGAUAGCGAUUAUUACAUUUACAAUAAAUAUGGAUUUAGAAAAAAAAAAAAAAAAAAAAGCCACCUUGCACAAAGCCGUCGUGGUCGUGGGCGUAAUUACAACCAUCAUCGUACACUGAAUGAAGAUAGUCUUUGUAAUGAAAAUGAAUUGGAAAAAAUAUCACAAAUUGAAAAUAUAAUUUCCAAAAAAAUGAAAAAACGAAUUUGUGGGGAAGGAGGAGAAGGUGGAGGAAAUGACAUUAACAGUAGUAAUAAUAGCUGCUUAAAUAAUGAUGAGGAUGCUGAGAGCGAUUUGUAUAACAAUAUCGAAUUCGAUAGAAUUAAAAUUGAAAAUAUUCUUGAUGGCACACUAAAAUUAGACAAUAAGGGUGGAAAUAUUAUUAAUAACAUACUAGAAUUAGAAAGAAGAAAAUACACUAUCAAUUGUAUAAUGGACAAAUUGAGAAAGAGAGAAAAUACUUGCGAAUGUUUAAAUGGUAUUGAAAAAGAGCUCAAGCAUAAAAUUAACUCCAAUAUAUGUGACUUAUAUUCUGAUAAAACCACUUAUAAUAUUUAUAGCACGAAAAUGUGUGUAAAUUAUUUCCUAGAGGAAAAAAUGCAUUCCCCUGAAAAUAAGGAAUUCAUUAAAAAUUUCUUUGUUGAAAAAAAUACCAAAAAUAUUUAUUUUGUUCAGAUAUUUAAAAAGAAAAAGAAAAGGAAAAAGAAAAAUUAUCUCGAUGGAAAUCAUUCCUCAGGUGUUGAGAUAAAAGUCCAAAUGAGUAAAGAUAUCGGAAGUCUGGGACCCACAUCGAGAGAAGAACCCAUAUAUUCACCCCCAAACAUGCAACACUUACCGAAUUACAUGGAAAAGGUAGAUCAGGUGGUAGCGGAAAAAAACGAGAAAAAGUAUGAUAUGGAAGAGGAUGAAAAGGAAUGUGUACAAGAGUUCUCAAAACAAAUGGGUGGUGAAGUCACUGGAGAAGUGGCCACCCAUGCAGUGAAGCAAGCGGCUGACGUAGAAGAGGAGAAAUACAGAGACGAUUCUCUGAAUUUGAAGAAGGAACACAAAAUGAAUUACUUCAGCUACCAGUUAAAUUAUAUAAAAAGAAAAUUUUAUAGUUUUGAGAAGGACGAAAUGAAAAAAGAAGAACAACAGCAGGAAAUUCAGCAGCAGCAAAAGCAGGAAAAAGAAGAACAACAACUACUUCUGCCAAAAGAGCCGACUUCAGAAAAACAUGAAAAUCAAAAAAUAGAAAUGUCGGAGAGAAAUUUCGAGUUUUCAGUGGGAAAUUUUGUUAGUGACACUUCAGAAAACAAGACAGAUCACAUUGGAGAAGUGAAUAUUCUAAAGGGUGCUAAGGAGGAGGAGCAACCUCAUGAUGAAAGGAAAAUUAUCGAAACGGGAGAAAUACUUGAUGAGGGAAAUCUUCUACCCAAUACAAUAGAUUCAUCGGGGACGGGAAAUAUGAUGAAGGAAAAGCAUCCAAGAGAGCAAAUCGAGAAUGGACAUCACAACGAAGAUGAAAUAGAAGAUUAUUUUGUAGAAAGAGAUAACUUAAGUGAUCAGGUUAUAGGAAUUAGCAAAAACAGGGAUGAUAAGAAAAAAGGGGAAAGAGAACAUAGUAUCGAUAGUGUAAUAAAUGAAGAAAUGGUAGAAAAUGAGGAAAAUAAAUAUGGGAAAUUUUCCAUACAGGAACAUUUAUAUAGUGUCAUGAAAAUGCCAGGUGCACAAAUCAUAAUUGGGGAUGAAGAUGAGGAGGAGGAUUAUUUGGAUGAGUAUGAUGACAACGACGACGAUGAUGAGGAGGAGGGGGAAGAAGAGGAAGAUGAAGAAGAUGAAGAAGAGGAGGAAGAAGAAGAAGAAGAAAAAGAGCAAGAGCAAAAGAAAGAACAAGAGGAGGUAAAGAAGGAAGAGGACAAUUUAAACAAUGCAAACAUGAAGAAUAACGAUGAUCAUAAUCAUAGCAAUAAUAUAGACAACAACAAUGACAGUGUAAAGGAGGAUGAUAUUUUUCAAGCUAAGGAGGAAAAAAUGUCAAUUCACAGUAAUAUCCAGGAACCUAUGAAACAUCAGAUGCAAAAUAAGGAAGAAACACGAAUAGCUGAAGAAGUAGAAAAAAUGAAAGAAAAUAAUUGUGAUGUUAAUGAAGAAGAACAACAGGAAGCCUCUGUAAAGAGGGAGUGCCACGGAGAGAACGAAGAUAUAGGGAACCAUAGAAAGGAAGUACAAAAUUUUCAGAAUGAUAAAAGUAUUUCCUCCUCAUGUUUAGAUUAUGACCAAGGGGUAGGUGAAAAGAAUUAUAAUGAACAGUGUGAUAUAAAUGGAGAAACGAGAAAAAGAAACAAAGUAAAAGAAUUUACUGAAAAUUUUGAAGAGAAACAUAAUCAAAAAAAGGAAUGUUCUCACAUAAAGAUUAUAACAAAAAAUGAUAAAAAUGAAGACGAAUUUGAAGAAGUAAUAGAAAAAAGAAGCUGUACCGUAUACAGAAAUAAACACAACAGUAAUGAAAAUUAUUACACAUUUGACAAUCCGAAUAAUGUGAAAAAGGAACAUGAAAAUUUUGUAGAACACAAUAAUCACGGAAUUAUGAAUGAAUAUUUUUUCAAAAAGGAAGAAGAAUGUGAUAAUACUAUAGAGGAAUCGAACAAGUAUAAACAAUGUGAAAAAACUAUCGUUAAUAGUCAUAAUAGUAAUCAUGUAAAAGAAGAAAAUGAGGGGGAAAAAGAAAGGGAUAACAAUAUAUUCAUAGAGAAUAAACAAUUAAUUAAGAGUACACUAAGCGGAGGGAACUCAAUUAGCAACUUGAAUGGAAAGUUUUUUUUUAUAAAAGAUAUGUUACAUGAAAAUAAUCAAUAUGUACAUGACUGUUGUGAUUUGGAAGAUAAUAUUAAAUAUAAAACGUUAGAUAUACUUAAAAAAAAUCAAAUUGAAAAAAUAAAAAAAAAAAUAAAAAAAAAUAAAAAGUUAACAAAAGAAGAUUUCAAACUAUUAUCAGAAUUGUUACAUCAUAAAUUUUUAUUAAAUGAAAUUAGAGCAAUAGGUAAUUAUGAAGUUAAUUAUAAAAACUGUUUUGACAUCCUCGAAUUGGAAGAAUAUAAAUUGAGGAAGGAUGUAUUGAAUAUGGACUGUGAUUGUCUUACCAUAGGACUAACAGAGCAUGAAAAGGAAUUUUUACAUGAAUUUCAACUAUUUAUGCCAGAUAUAAACAUAAUGGGUGACAAAAAUAUUUUAUACAUACUGCGACAUUCCAAAAAUGAUAACAAUUGUGUAUUCAAGUGCUUCUUGGAUGAGAAGAAGGAGCAAGAGGAGGAGCAGCAGAAGCAGAACUCAUAA